AUGGGUACCACUACAAGUACAAGAACUGGGCCUUCUUUACAGAUUGUCCGAGUAGCAAAAGAGUCUCCAGCCGGCCGAGCAGGAGUUCUUCCUAUUUUUCACUAUGUAAUUGGUAUUACUGGAGUUCCAGUCUCUUCUGAGCAUGAUAUUAGCCGGAUAAGUGAAGCCUGGACUAGUCUAGGUCAAGUCAAUCUAACUAUCUAUGAUGCUAGAACUAAAGAUACUUUUGAGAUAAGAUUAAACAAAAGUAAUGAUCAACCCAAUGAAAAGAUAGGGUUUAGUAUCAAAAUUCAAACUCGAACAAUGGCCCCAGCUACUUUCCGUAUCUUAGAUAUUGCCUACAACUCUUCUGCUUUAGAUGCUCGCUUACAAAAGGAACAAGAUUACAUCAUAGGUAGUGAUGAAGGAGCUUUUACAGAUUAUAAUGAGUUUGCUGGGUUUAUUUGGCGUAAUAGAGGAGGUUCAGUUCGUUUAUGGGUUUACAAUACAGGUACAGCUACAAUUAGACUAGUUGAACUAUCACCUACUGAGGAGGGCAGUUUAAGAUGUGAAGUAGGUGAUGGAUAUUUCAAUGAAGUACCCCAUACAGAUGCCCAAGUCACUCUAGUAGAUGCACUAGAGAGUACUCCUACUAGUAGUAAUAAGAGUGAUAAGGAUGAGGUUGAUAAGAUUGAUAAGAGUGGUGAGAUUAGUGAUAAGAAUGAGGAUGGUAUUAAUUUGUUAUCUUCAAUGCCGAUUGCUGAGGUUGAUAGUAUUGCUAAUAUUGAUACAAUUAGUUUAGUACCUACUACUAAUUCAACUCAAUCUAAUCUUAUGGAGAGAGAAGAGUUAGAACAGAAGUUACUGGAGUCCCUAAAUGAAGAAGAGAGUCAUUUUGAUCGAUCAGCUGCUGAUACAACUACUACUCAGUCUAAUUCUUUAUCUAAUAAUUCAACUAAUUCUUUAUCUACUAAUUCUACUACUUCUGAAGCUGAAAUUGAUGAUCUACGAAGACUUUCUCAAAUGGAGAUUAGUAGUGGUUCUCAAGCCUCUGACUUUCCUUCUGCUACUAAUCCAGCUGUUUUCCUAGCUGAAACUUCUGAAGAUAUACCCAUGACUAUCUCAUCCACCCCUUCACUUACCAACCUAUCCCUAUCUCAUUCCCAUUCUACCCCAUCCUUAUCUCAAUCAAAAACAAAAUAUCAACUUAAUUCAUCUGAAUAUCUAUCUGAAUCUCUAUCUCAACCUAAUUCAGUCUUAUCUCAAUCUGAAUCUCUAUCUCAACCUAAUUCAGUCUUAUCUCAAUCUGAAUCUCUAUCUCAACCUAAUUCAGUCUUAUCUCAAUCUGAAUCAAAAUCACAACCUAACCCAAUCUUAUCUGAAUCACAACCCACCCCAUCUCAAUCACAACCUAAUUCAAGUUUAACUCCACCCGAAAUAGAAGAAAUAGAAGAAAUGGAAGAUGCAUCACAUUUAUUCCAAGAUCAAUAUGUUCCUUUUAUUUUGCACCCAACUGAUGAACAAUCCGAUGAUCGUGAAACUCAUUUUCAAACGGACUUCAUACCACAACCCCAUAAAUAA